UUACAGUCUGUUGCCUGUAGCUGUGUGCGCCUUCCUCUCUUCUCUCUUCACCUUCCCAUCAGGCAUCAGUUCUAACUUGGAAGACGCCCACGCCUUGUCUCUCUCUCCUCUCAUGGCUAGGGUUUACUCGGUCUCUCCCUGAACCUGAGACCCUGGAAGACGAUGGAUCCGCUCCUCCGGGCCACGUCGGCCCUCGUCUUCCUCCUCCUCGUCUCCGCCCGCUCGGCCGCCGCGCCGGCUGACGACGCCAAGGCCCUCCUCGAGUUCAAGAAGGGCAUCUCUAGCCCCUCCGUCGCCGCCCUCGACUCAUGGAAGCCGGGAUCCGCCCUCUGCAAUUCCACUCCCCCCUGGUUCCGCGUCUCCUGUGAUGCCGCCGGGAAUGUCGUCACCGUCGACCUCUCCCGCCUCGGCCUCGGCGGCGACCUCAAGUUCUCGACCCUCACUGGCCUUAGUUACCUCCAGAACUUCAGCCUCGCCGGCAAUGACUUCACUGGCCGCCUCGUGCCCGGGAUCGGCAGCAUGAGCCAGCUCAGGUUCUUGGAUCUCUCGGGGAACAGGUUCUACGGCCCCGUGCCUGAGCGGAUCACUAUGAUUGGCGGGCUGUUGCUUCUCAAUCUCUCUUGUAACAAUUUUACGCAAGGGAUCCCGACUGGGAUCCGGAAUCUGCAGCAGCUUAGGGUGCUUGAUUUGCGAUCCAAUGGCCUGCGGGGUGACAUGGCGGAGCUCCUAUCGGCUUUACGGUACAAUGAAUAUGUUGAUCUGAGUAGCAAUGGCUUCACUGGAAACCUCCCUGUUGACACAGUCAACCUCACGGGCUUGGGGAACACGGUCAAGUACUUGAAUUUGAGCAAUAACGAGCUCGUUGGUGGCUUCUUUACAAAUGACUUGAUUCAAACGUUCAAAAAUUUGGAGGUUUUAGAUGUGAGCAACAAUCAGCUGACUGGAGAGCUCCCGGCUUUCAAUUCUGUUUAUAGCUUAAAAAUUUUCCGUGCUUCUGGUAAUCAUCUGACUGGAUCUAUACCAGGAGCAUUGCUUGCAAGUUCACUGCAGUUGCAGGAAAUAGAUCUCAGUGGAAAUGAGCUUACAGGUGAUGCUUUGGAUGUCAACUCUACAUCCCUGAAGCUUCUGAACCUCUCCUCUAAUAUGCUAACAGGUUCAUUGCCUUCAAGUAUAGGGCUGUGUAUAUCAUUGGAUUUGAGUAAUAAUAAUAUCUCUGGCGAUCUAUCGGUUCUUCCCAAUUGGGGAAACACAUUAGAAGUUAUUGAUUUAAGUGUAAAUUCUUUGUCAGGCGCCUAUCCUGAGGCAUUACAAUUUCAGAAUUUGAGAUCCAUAAGGAUUCAGAAUAACCAUUUAGCAGGCUCUCUUCCAUCUGCAUUUGAAAACUAUCCUUCCUUGUCUGAACUUGAUCUCAGUCUGAAUGAAUUCUCUGGACCAAUUCUGCCAGGGUUUUUCAAAUCUGUUUUAACUAGUUUGAAUCUCUCAGGAAACCAAUUUUCUGGGAAUAUUCCAAUUCAGAGCUCACAUUCAACUGAAUCGUUUGUUUUACCGUCUUAUAAUCAUCUAGAGAGCCUUGACUUAUCUGAUAACACAUUGACUGGUCCAUUGCCGUCAGAAAUUAUUAACUUGCAAAGAUUGAAGCUGCUUAUUCUUCAAAAUAAUUCCUUGUCUGGAGAGUUGCCUAGUGAACUAGGUAAGCUCAGCUCUCUGGAAAUCCUUGAUCUGUCAAUGAAUCAUUUUGAUGGUGAUAUACCUGAUAUGCCUCAGCCAACUCUUAAAGCUUUUAAUGUUUCCUAUAACGAUCUGUCUGGCACCAUCCCACAAAGUCUGCAGCACUUUCCAAGAAACUCAUUUUAUCCUGGAAAUACAUUGCUAGUUUCUCCUCGUGGCAUGCCUUCAGGAAAUGAUGAUGAAUUCGGUCAAAAUCAUCACCAUUUGAAGUAUAGUCUCCGAAUAGCUGCUAUUGUUGGAUCAGUUGGUGGUGUCAUGUUACUUUUGUUUGCAGUGAUGACAUUAUAUGUGAUUCGAUCCCAAAAACUUUGUGGAAAGAAUCGUUCUGGAGACCAAACCACUGGAAGAGAAUUAAAGCUUGGGAGAUUUGGCCGUUCAAAUAUAUCUAGAUCAUCAAAGGAUAAUCCCAUCACUUCUUCAGUUAGUUUCUCCAAUGACCAUUUAUUGACAGCUUCUAGAACACUAUCAGCACAGAAAGAGUUGUUGCCAGAGGCUGUUGAAUAUGGUUAUUCUGAUAGUAGAACUUCAGAAAGUGCUAUGAAUAAUGUGCACAAUUAUCCUGCUAAUACAGGAGAGAGGUCUUCUCCAGGAUCACCAUUGUGCUCAUCGCCUCAUUUUAUCGAUUCUCUUGCAUCUGAGCAACCAGCCAUGCUAGAUGUGUAUUCACCAGAUCGUUUAGCAGGAGAGCUCUUUUUCUUAGACAACUCUUUGACAUUCACAGCUGAAGAAUUAUCUCGUGCCCCUGCAGAAGUUCUUGGUAGAAGUAGCCAUGGCACAUCCUAUAAGGCAACCCUUGAUAGCGGUCACGUUUUGACUGUGAAGUGGCUAAGAGUAGGCCUUGUUAAAGUCAAAAAAGAAUUUGCCAAGGAGGCAAAGAGAAUUGGGACCAUUAGACAUCCAAAUAUCAUCCCUUGGAGAGGCUAUUAUUGGGGCCCUAGAGAGCAAGAAAGAUUGAUGAUUUCUGACUUUGUUAAUGGAGAUAGUUUGUCACUUUAUCUUUAUGAGUCCACACCUAGAAGGUACUCACGCCUCUCAGUUAGCCAAAGGUUAAAAAUUGCUAUUGAUGUGGCUCGUUGUUUGUAUUACCUCCAUAAUGAGAAGGGCCUAGCUCAUGGAAGUGUAAAGCCAACAAAUAUCCUCCUCACUGGCCCAGAUCUCACUGCUAGGCUGACAGAUUAUAGCCUUCAUCGUCUCAUGACACACAGUGGGACAGCAGAACAGAUUUUAAACUUGGGAGCACUUGGGUACCGAGCCCCUGAGCUGCAAACUGCAAGCAAGCCAUCCCCAUCAUUUAAGGCUGACGUGUAUGCAUUCGGUGUAAUUCUCAUGGAGAUGUUAACUCGAAGAAGUGCUGGUGAUAUAAUCUCAGGCCAAACGGGUGCAGUUGAUCUCACCGAUUGGGUGCAGAUGUGCAACAGGGAGGGACGGGGAGCAGACUGCUUUGACAGGGAUAUCUCAGGAUUGGAGGAAGCUCCAAGGGUGAUGGAUGAACUACUUGCAGUAUCACUUCAGUGCAUUCUACCUGUAAAUGAGAGGCCUAACAUCCGGACAGUCUUUCAAGAUCUCUGUGCCAUAACAAUGUGAGAUUUUCUCCUUCAACUUCCUCCUCUCCUGUACAUGUAUCUGGAAUUUAAAUUUUUUUUCCCCCCAUUUUUUUUGGGUUCGAAGCCUUGCAAGCAAGGCACCUUCAAAAAUUUAGUGUAAAGAGCUUAUCAUUGGUUGAUUUGAUAUCAGUGCAGCGUGUUGAAUUGAGUUCCAAAGGAUGUAUCUUUGCUUUACUAAUUCUGUGUUUCCCAUGUUGCCCUCUCCAGGGUCCCUGUA